CAUCACUCGACCUUUGAGCUAACAGCUGCUACACACCCCCACCGACGUCACUGUUGUCGCUGCAUGACAAACAUCGGACCCGCCUCCCAACAUGCUUCAGUUCCUCGACAAAUACGUGCACUACCAGGACCCAGCCCUGCCCAAUUUCUCCUCCCUGACCGGCCUGUACUUUGUUAUACUCGCCUGCUCACUUCUCAUCUCGCUGCGUUCUCCACGGCCUGAAGAGGAACGGGCAUAGCAGCGACCAUGUCUCAAUUCACAAAUAUUGCCAUGAUUGGGUGCGGCAGCAUGGGCGGUGGCAUGGCCCUGCUCUUUGCUGAGAUUGGUGUCCAUGUUUCGCUCUCGGACCCUGCAGAAAAGGCAAUGGACGCUGUCAUCCAAAAGGCAGAAGAGCAGGGGUACCAUGGAAGAGUGCAAAAGCACAAAGACUAUGCCUCUCUCUGCACGUCACUGUCAUCGCCGCGUCUGCUCAUCUUCUCUCUUCCACACGGCGGGGUCGGUGACAAGGUUCUUGAGGGCUUGGAGCCCCAUCUGUCCGCUGGCGACAUCAUCCUAGACUGCGGGAACGAGCACUUUGAGAAUACCGAGCGCCGGCAGGAGAAAUGCAAAGGCACUGGCAUCCGUUACAUCGGCUGCGGUGUCAGUGGCGGAUACCAAGCUGCACGGGCUGGGCCGUCCAUGUGCCCCGGCGGCGACAUUUCUGCCCUCAAGGAAGUUCUUCCGCUCUUGCAAAAAGUCGCAGCCAAAGACAAGAACGAACAGCCAUGCGUGGGUGUCAUUGGCAAAGGCGGCGCCGGGCACUAUGUCAAGAUGAUGCACAAUGGCAUUGAGCAUGGCAUGAUGAGCGCCAUCUGCGAAGCCUGGGGCAUCAUGCGAAAGAUGGGCAUGGGCUAUGAGGAGAUUGGUGAUGUGUUUGCACAGUGGAACUCGGAGGGCGAGUUGAGGGGUACAUUUCUGAUUUCCAUUGGCGCAGACCUCUCGCACAAACGCGAGGCAGGCGAUCUCGUCAUCUCGCAGGUUCUCGACAAGGUGGUCCAAGACGUAACUGGUGAAGAGGGGACUGGUGUGUGGAGCAAUACACAGGCCAUUGACAUGCAUGUCCCCGCCUUGACUCUGAACGUGUCUCAUGGAUUCCGCCUCGCGUCUGCAUUCCGUGGCGACCGUGAAAAGGCCAACAAAGUCAUCGACGGCGGAUUUCCCCCCAGCGCGCUCAACGUGUCGGACAAAAAGGCUUUUAUCGAAGACGUGCGGCAAGCAACGUAUGCAGCCUGCCUGGCGAGCUAUAUCCAAGGCAUGAAUGUCAUUGCUACUGCAGACCGUGUGCAUGGCUGGGAAAUCGACUACUCGCAAGUGUGGCAGAUCUGGCGCGCGGGCUGCAUCAUCCAAGCCGACUACAUUUCGGAUGAAAUCCUCGCACCGGUGCUGAAAUCGAAGCCUUCUUGGGAGCAGCUCAACCUCAACUUGUCGUCUCGGGUUGCCGAGGAUGUGAAGAAGAGUUUCCCGGCGCUUCGGCGGGUGAUGGCCAAGUCAGUCGAGACGGAUCAAGUGGUUCCCGCUCUCAGUGCCACGCUAGAGUACUUCAAGGUUGCGAGCGGAACGGAGCUACCGACGUCAUUUUACGAGGCGGAGCUCGACUACUUUGGUAGUCACAUGUUCGACAAGAGGGACGACUCGGAUCCAGAGGUUAAGCAGGCGGUGGAGGGCAAGCACCACUUUGAGUGGAGGCCUGCGAAGAGUCAAAAGGAGCAGUAUGGAAAGAAUUACAAGUUGUGAGGGGGGUGUAAUGAUUGCGUGUUAUUAGCUAUGAGUAGUAAAGAAGAAUGAUAUAUCAUAGAUGAG